AUGCUUCCUUGGUGCUUCAACUCAUUACCCGUCCGUGGCCAACCGGGUGGCGCGACGGGACUGUCCUUGGUCACCGCGUCCCGAAGCGGAAAGCGGAACAAGGUCUGGACUCGCAUGAGCCCAUUCCAGAGGCUGCUGUCAGCAGAAAACCUACGUGUCCAGCCAUGUCGCAUGCACAUGCAAUCUGCUGGGUACUUGUACCCAAGCACUGGAGCUCUUCUCUCUGUCUGGCGAAUAUUUGCCGAUGGUUGUUCCAUGCAGCCCGAGAUGCGUGUCUCGCCGCCGUGUCCCAGCUGGGAGCGAGACGCACAUCCAGCCAGACUGAAAUCUCCCGGCGCGAGCAGCCAACAACAGCAGCAGACCAGGAGGGCCGGCCGGCCGGCAGCCCGCCCUUUUAUAAAUAGCGGGUUGGAAAUGCUUCACGCCGUGCCUUGUUUCUUGUGCGAGGCGAUCGGAAGGAUGCGCAGGCUGGCGAGGCGCCCACACCAAGACCUUUACAAGGUACUGUACAGUACACCACUGUACGCACUCGGAUACAUACGGUAA